AUGCUGCGUCGCGAUGAAACUAACCAAGUAAUUAUAUCUUCAGAGAUAAUCGACUCUAAACUUCUUCCACCAAAUCGCCCUACACUUGUUGAUAUAGUAUGCUACGGAAUAGGAAGUAUCGAAAGAUCCAAUACAUCACAAUAUCAAUUCGCAUUAAUGCUGCUUUUUAAGAACUUAUUUAAGAUAACAGGAAAAAUAUAUGCGUAUGACCCUAUUCUUUCUCAAAUUGACAUUGAGGUCUUAACCCAUUAUAAUAUAGAAUCAAUUAAAAUUAAUGAGAGAGCGAAACGCGCUGUCACUAAUCAAACAUUAUUCUAUAUGCCACAUUGCCCACUCGGAUUAUAUAAUAAUUUGAUCGAGGCAAAUUGGGACAGAAUAAAACUAAAAGAUAUCAUCAUCGUUGGAAACCGAUUGGACUUUUAUAAUGAAAGUGAUAUUACAUCACCUUAA